GCUGCGUUGCGACAAAUCACUGAUAAAGCUCGGGAAUUUGGAGCAGGGCCGUUGUUCAAUCAGAUUCUGCCUCUGCUGAUGUCACCAACACUUGAAGAUCAGGAGCGUCACUUACUUGUCAAAGUCAUCGACAGAAUUCUUUACAAAUUGGAUGACUUGGUCCGACCAUAUGUACACAAGAUCCUUGUCGUCAUUGAACCACUGCUGAUUGAUGAAGACUACUAUGCUAGAGUGGAAGGCAGAGAAAUUAUUUCCAACUUGGCUAAGGCUGCUGGUUUGGCCACAAUGAUCUCCACAAUGCGACCUGAUAUUGAUAACAUGGAUGAAUAUGUCCGAAACACAACAGCUCGAGCCUUUGCUGUUGUUGCCUCUGCUCUGGGCAUUCCUUCUCUGUUACCCUUCUUGAAAGCUGUCUGUAAAAGCAAAAAAUCCUGGCAGGCUAGGCACACUGGCAUCAAGAUUGUGCAGCAGAUUGCUAUUCUUAUGGGUUGUGCUAUCUUGCCUCAUCUCAGGAGCUUGGUUGAAAUCAUUGAACAUGGGCUGGUGGAUGAGCAGCAGAAAGUUCGCACCAUCAGCGCUUUGGCCAUCGCUGCUUUGGCUGAGGCAGCUACUCCCUACGGCAUCGAGUCAUUUGAUUCUGUGCUGAAGCCUUUGUGGAAGGGUAUUCGUCAACACAGAGGAAAGGGUUUGGCUGCCUUUUUGAAGGCUAUUGGUUACCUGAUUCCACUCAUGGAUGCUGAGUAUGCAAACUACUAUACCAGAGAAGUCAUGUUAAUCCUUAUCAGAGAGUUCCAGUCUCCUGAUGAAGAGAUGAAAAAAAUUGUGUUGAAGGUGGUAAAGCAGUGUUGUGGUACGGAUGGUGUUGAAGCAAACUACAUUAAAACAGAAAUCUUGCCACCUUUCUUCAAACACUUCUGGCAGCACAGAAUGGCAUUGGACAGAAGGAAUUACAGACAGUUGGUUGAUACAACCGUGGAGCUGGCAAACAAAGUGGGAGCAGCAGAAAUUAUUUCUAGAAUUGUGGAUGAUCUGAAAGAUGAGGCUGAGCAGUACAGAAAAAUGGUCAUGGAAACGAUUGAGAAGAUAAUGGGAAAUCUGGGGGCAGCAGACAUCGAUCAUAAACUGGAAGAACAACUGAUUGAUGGUAUCUUGUACGCCUUUCAGGAACAGACAACAGAGGAUUCUGUGAUGCUGAAUGGUUUUGGCACAGUGGUUAAUGCUCUUGGCAAAAGAGUUAAACCCUACUUGCCACAGAUCUGUGGUACAGUUCUGUGGCGUCUGAACAACAAAUCAGCUAAAGUCAGGCAGCAGGCUGCUGACCUCAUCUCUCGUACUGCAGUGGUCAUGAAGACUUGUCAAGAGGAAAAACUGAUGGGACACUUGGGUGUUGUUUUGUAUGAGUACCUGGGUGAAGAAUAUCCUGAAGUACUGGGCAGCAUUCUCGGAGCGCUUAAGGCUAUUGUGAACGUUAUAGGUAUGCACAAGAUGACGCCACCCAUCAAAGAUCUGCUGCCACGUCUCACACCUAUUUUGAAGAACAGACAUGAGAAAGUGCAGGAAAAUUGCAUUGAUCUUGUUGGGCGCAUUGCAGACAGAGGUGCAGAGUAUGUUUCUGCAAGAGAAUGGAUGAGGAUCUGCUUUGAACUGCUUGAAUUACUAAAAGCUCACAAGAAAGCUAUCAGAAGAGCCACAGUGAACACCUUUGGUUAUAUUGCAAAAGCUAUUGGACCUCACGAUGUAUUGGCGACACUGCUAAAUAACCUGAAAGUGCAGGAAAGGCAGAACAGAGUAUGUACUACGGUAGCAAUUGCUAUUGUGGCUGAGACGUGCUCACCUUUCACUGUGCUGCCUGCACUCAUGAAUGAAUACAGAGUUCCAGAACUGAACGUCCAGAAUGGCGUGUUAAAAUCUCUUUCUUUCCUGUUUGAAUACAUUGGAGAGAUGGGAAAAGAUUACAUUUAUGCUGUUACACCAUUGCUUGAAGAUGCUUUGAUGGACAGGGAUCUUGUGCACAGACAAACAGCGAGUGCCGUGGUGCAGCACAUGUCUCUUGGUGUUUAUGGGUUCGGCUGUGAAGAUUCCCUCAAUCAUUUGUUAAAUUACGUGUGGCCCAACGUGUUUGAAACCUCUCCUCACGUCAUUCAGGCGGUCAUGGGGGCUCUGGAGGGCCUCAGGGUGGCCAUUGGUCCCUGCAGGAUGUUGCAGUACUGUUUACAGGGUUUGUUUCACCCUGCCAGAAAAGUCAGAGACGUUUAUUGGAAGAUCUAUAAUUCGAUCUACAUCGGCUCACAGGAUGCUCUGAUAGCACACUAUCCGAGGAUCUAUAAUGAUGAAAAGAACACCUAUAUUCGUUAUGAACUUGAUUACAUCUUAUAAUCUUCUCGUUCAGUUGUUUGUGUUUAAUGCACAGCUGUUGUUCAAUUUAAUGCUUCGGAUUUGACGAUGUAAAAUUUUAAAAUUUGGAGAUCAGCGUAGGGCUGGUCAGAGGCAGAGCUAGGUAUCCAGUAGCAUGAUUUUUUAAAUAUGUCCUUGUUUUUUGAUGUUAAACAGUUAAAGCCAGUAGUGACCAACAAAACAGUGAUUACAAUGUACUGGAGGGAUUUCGUUUUGGAUCCAUCUUUCUGAAGUUUUAGAUUUCAUUCCUUGUGUUUAAAGGGGGAGUUUAUUUGAGAAAUAAACAUUUGUGUAUAAAAACUAAUUUGUGUGUGGUUUUUGGACAGAGGGGCUUGUAAAAUGAGGCCCUUUGGAUUAAGUAUUUGUUCAUGUAAUAAAUAGGUGGUAUAAAACAUUUUAACCCUUUUUGUCAUCCACUAGCUUUUGAAUAAAUAAGAAAAAUGUACCAACUGUA